ACGUGGACUCUUAAGAAUGAAGAUUGCAGUCACUCUUGCUCUCUUUCUUUGCAGCAUAGCUGUCCAUGCUUCACCCUCAGCUUCACCUCUGGAUUCGGAAUUUUCUGCAUCUGAUGAUAGCAAGUCUAACUUUCCAGAGCCUGAAGUUGAUGAAAAUGGCAUCCCAAUUGGAAUGGCUCUUGUUGAUGGAGAUAUUCUGAUACCAAAAGAGCAACUCCCUAUUUAUGAGAAAGAAGGAUUUGAUGGGCUUGUGAAUUCUGAGGCUUGGCUUAAUGGUCCCGCUUGGCCAAGCAAGACUGUUUACUACGCCACUACCAUUCCAUCUAACACUCCUCAGCUGGCAGAUCUUAAUAGGAAGAUUUUUGAUUCAAUGAAUGACCUUAACCAGAAGCAAAAUUGCUUAAAAUUUGUAUAUAUUACUGCUCCUAUACCACAGCGUCAUAUCGUGUUCAAUUUGGGACAAGGCUGCUACACAAUGAUUGGACCAGUAACCCCAGGUAACCGUCAUGAUAUCUUUCUAAGUCCUGGUUGCACUUUCGAGCGUAUACCAGCACAUGAGGUGAUGCAUGCUUUGGGACGAUUCCAUGAGCAGACUAGGCCGGACAGGGAUUACUACGUCCAAAUCAACUGGCAUUUAAUCAAACAAGACUGCAUAAGCCAGUACAUGAGGCAAGACGGUGCUUCAACACUUGGUCUCCCUUAUGACUACUACUCUGUCAUGCAUUACAGUCCAACGUCUUGCAGCAUUAAUGGAGCUCCAGUAAUGCAAUUCCCUCCCCAUGUUAAUCCCUACAAUAUUGGUCGGGGGCUAUCGCUUACUAAUACUGACAUAGCACACAUUGUUAGACGUUAUUGUCCAAGUGGCUGAAGGACAAGACUCGUCAAGUCAAGCCUGAGCUGCAGCUGAUUAACUUACAAUAUCUAUAAUAUUAUAUAGCUAUAUAUUUAAUCUUAAAAGCACUAUAUAUACAUUAAUUAAUACCUACUUGUAGGUAAAGUAAUUAUUUUUGCUAUAAAAGUUUUUGAAACAGCUGCAAAAAUUAA